AGCGCCCGCAGGGGGCGCCCGCCCGCCGGGCCGCGGCCUCCCCUCCCCUCCCAAGAUGGCGGCGGCCGCCUCAGUGCCGGUGCGGGUCUGCCACCAGGAGAUCGUCAAGUUCGACCUGGAGAUCAAGGCGGCCGUGCAGGAUAUCCGGGACUGCCCGGGGCCGCUCAGCGCCCUCACGGAGCUCAACGCCGCCGUGAAGGAGAAGUUUCACCACCUCCGUGGCCGUAUCCAGGAGCUCGAACAGAUGGCGAAGGAGCAAGAUAAAGAGUCGGAGAAACAGGCCUUACUGCGGGAAGUGGAAAACCAUAAGAAACAAAUGCUCAGCAAUCAGGCAGCUUGGAGAAAGGCAAAUCUGGCUUGCAAAAUUGCUAUUGACAACUCUGAGAAAGAUCAACUGCUGCAGGGAAGAGACUCCUUAAGACAAAGGAAGACUACAAAAGAAAGUCUGGCAGAGAGUGCAAGUAACAUCACGGAGAGUCUGAUGGGCAUUAGCAGGAUGAUGUCGCAGCAAGUCCAGCAGAGUGAGGAGACCGUGCAAACCCUAGCGAAUUCUUCACGAACCAUCCUGGAAGCAAAUGAAGAAUUUAAGUCCAUGUCUGGGACAAUUCAAUUGGGGCGAAAGCUAAUAACAAAGUACAAUCGCAGGGAACUGACGGACAAGCUGCUAAUCUUUCUCGCCCUUGCCUUAUUCCUGGCCACGGUGCUCUAUAUUUUGAAAAAAAGACUCUUUCCGUUUUUGUAAAAUUCCAAACUUAAACUGAACUAUUAGAAAAGAUCAGAACAAGGUGGCAUAAUAACAAUAGGGCUUUUACAUAAAAUAAUAAAGGGAUAUUGCAAUAGCUGAAAGAGUGUUAGGGCAGGCAUGACUUUCGUACUGUUCCUGUGGAGCAUGCAACCUGCCGAAGAAGAGCUUAAAUGAGCACGACUCGGGAAGAAGGUGUGGAAAGAAGAAAUGCCAAUUUGCUUGUAGGUUUGGGGAACCAGACAAACACUUGAGGAACGAGGCACUCGAAGGUGUCAGUCUUAACUUUCAACCUUUCUUCGUUUUGCCUUGAAAUUAACUUUUUUCCAUGGCUUGGACUGGAAGCUGUUUGACAUCUGUGUGUAAGGUGCUGAGAGUAAGAGGAAGGACGGAAGAAAGAAACUCACAUACAUUCCAUUAAUAAACUAUUUAUUGUAUACAUGUAAACUGAAUUUUGUUUAAAAACACAGUCUAAUGGAUUCAGAGAGCCUGAAUAACUUCCAGUAUAAAAAUUCUUCUUAAGAGGAGUGGUUGCUUAUGGAUUGUUUUUUCUGGGAGCAUAGCACACAUGCAGUUUGGCUCUGUUGCGCUGGCCUUGGCAGGGAUCUGAACAAAGUGAAAAUGGGAGCCCCAUUUGUUACUAUUAAUUCAUGCAAUAUAGUUGAGAAUUACAUUGCCAAGCUGUUGAAAUCAAAAGCCUUUUUGCUCCUUUUCUUUAUAAAAUUCCACUUACUACUUUAUAUUUGCAAAAUACUGCCAAGUUUUGUGUUUCGAAGUUUUUCUUGCUCAUACGGUUCAUCUUUUCUCAGUUAGUAAAAUCUUUUACAAUUAUUACCUUCCCUAUCUCUUGUGCUUUAAUAGUAUGAAGACCAGCCUGCCACACUCCAUGUAGUACUCCUUGAAGUACCAAAACCUGCACUGCAACGUUCUCAAAACAAUAUCGGUUGCCUUCCCCUCUGGAAAUUGUUUCAUUGCUUCGUCAGAGCUGACUGGUAAAGUUGACAUUCCAUUUAGGAAAUUCUCACAGAAUGGUUAAAUACUGCCUUAAUUUAGUAGUUAGAAGUAUACUUUUUUAAAAGGCAGUGCUACAUGUAUCUUAAGAAAUACGAUGUGAAGCAAAUUGUGGUAUAUAAGUUUAUGUGAAAUUUGAGGCUAGGUUACCGUUGUAGUUAGUUAUCAAUAGUCUGUUUAGAGAGAAGAGAUGACCAGUCAGUUAUAUUGUCAUUGUAAUAUUAAUUUACUAGAUCUCAUCAGUAGUCACAAUUUACACUUCUGCUGGCAGCUGCUACAAGCUUGGUUAAAUACAGAAGUGGCAGUAGGUUGUAGUAGUCCAAACCGAAGUGUGGGACAAUUGAAGUGGUGAUUGCAUGGCUAUGUGCAUAAACAAGGAAAGUUGUUCAAAGCUCAAAAAAGUUGUUCGAGUUCAAAACUGUGGGCUCUGCCUGAAGAGUUGAUACCUGAGCUGUUCUUCCUAGGUGGUAAGCAGGGAUUUGGAAACCUCUGCACUGGGAUCGGUACAUCCCGCAGAGGGCACUACUGCAUGGGCCUCGAGAGAGGGGUCUUGCCCUGGGAGUCCUGUAAUGCGCAAACGAGACAGAAUGGAUGUGGCUUUUUCCGUAUCCUUUAUUCAUCGUAUUGCAGUGCAGCCUUCCUAAUAGCCUUCCCUGAGAUACACAAUUACACAAAGAUUGAAAUAAAUGGACAAUGUGCAUGUUCUGGUUCUGAAUGAGAGAGAAAUUACUCGGCUUAAAAAAGAUACAUUGCACAAAGUCAACGCGUGUGUGCUUUUCAAUAAUAAUAAAAGCCUUGCUUUGGAAGAAGUCUUCUGAUGAGCAGACUGCUAACCAAGGAGAGCGUUGUGUAAUCUGCAAGUUGGGACCACAAUGAAGCAAGUUUCAUCCAGCUUGGUGGUACUGGCUGUUGCAUUUCAUAUGCAUCAUCUCUAGCAUCAGACUCCUGCCCUCUCCGGAGCCCGCUCUUCCCUGUGCCCCUCUGCACAGAUGUGUACAACCAUACAAAGGGUGAUAAAAGCAUGUCCACCUACUCCCAGUCUUGGAAAAUAUGUCUUUAAAUACAACUAAUAUUUAAGACAUGAAGAUCAUUUAGAUUAUAAGUACAUUUCAAAUUAAUUGCUGUGCAGCAGUUCCUAUUUUCCAAAUCAGCAGUGCAGUGCAGUU